AGAGCCCGGGGUGACAUUCUGUGCCCAGUUCCAGUGGCCGGAGCUGGAGCCCACGGGCUGGCAGGAGCUGCCAGGGUGCCAGGCUGUGGCUGGCACAAGCUGUGACUUCUCCUCAGCCAUCUCAGAGUACUAUGAUGCCCACUACGUGCGUGUGAGGGCCCAGGCUGGGCCGCUGGUGUCCCCAUGGUCCCAGGUGCUGGAGAUGGUGCCAGAACAAGUCGCUCAGAUUGGUCCACCAGGACUGGAAUUGCAGUCCACAAAUGGAGUUGUAAAAGUUAUGGUUUCUCCUCCAGAAGCAAAUCAGAGGAAAAAAAUGUGGAUCAAUGACCUGACUUUUAAAUAUAACCUGGUCUUCUGGGAAAACUCCUCCCAUGCUCAGCCCCAGAACAAAAGGAUUUUCCCUGUGGACACCAUUGAUGACCUUGCCCCAGACAGCACCUAUUGCUUCAAAGUCCAAGCAAAUCUGCCCAGCGAGGGCAAGCGAGGCCUGUUCAGCCCCCCCAGCUGUGUGAAAACCACCCAGAAAGUGAACGACCUCCUGUGUGCCACCAACCUGAGUGUCCUGGCUCUGAACAUGGAAUUCCACCUGCUCUGGAGCAGCCAGGAAAGUCAGGAUGUGACCUACAACGUGCAGUACCUGCUUGGCUUCUUGAAGGAUCUCAAUGAUGAUUACUCAGACAAGUGGCUCAGUGUCCCUGGGUGUGAGAGCAUCACCAGCUCCUGCUGCAACUUCUCCUCCAUCAUCACCAGCACUGGCUUUUAUCACCUGCGGGUGCAGGCCAGGGAGGGACACAACAAAUCCUGCUUCUCCAGGGAAGUCAAGGUGGAUCCUCUGAAAACAAAUGGAAUUGGCCCUCCUGGUGUAAGGCUGGACCUCAGUGACACUUUGCUCCACAUCCUUAUUUCUCCUCCAGGAGGAGAUAAGGAUGAAUUCAUGAGGGACCAUUAUGACUUGUCCUACAGGAUCCUCUACUGGAAGAAUUCCUCAGAUACGAAGGAGGAGGUGAAGCAGAAGGAGGUGAGGCAGACCAUAGCCACGGUGCCCGACGUGUCCCCCUCCUCGCUGUACUGCGUGCAGGUGCAGGCCUUCUCUGAGCCCUACAACAAGAGCAGUGCCUACAGCCAGCAGCAAUGCAUCCUCACCCCUGCAGGUUCACCUUUAGCUCUGAUCAUUGCUGGGAUUUUCCUGGGUGCCCUGCUGGUUGUCCUGCUGGUGGCUGCUCCUCUUGUUUUUGUGUUCUACCAAGCCUACAGCAAAAUCAAAUACGUGUUCUUCCCCUCCUGCCAGCCCCCCCUGAACAUCGAGGGGUUUGGAGGGCAGCCCUUGAGCAGCCCCUACCUGUCAGCUGCAGCAGAGGAGGCCGUGGAGCACUGCUGUGUGAUUGAGUCCAUGGUCACAGAGGAGGGAACUCACAUCGUGUUCUCAGACUACAAACAUUCCACCCACAGCAGCCGCGACUCGGGCAAUUACUCCAACGACAGCAACACUUCUGGGAGCAAGGGAUCCAGAGAAACACUGGAGAGGGAAAUCAUGUAACUGUGGGAAAUCACAACUCCUGGAUGGGAUUGUCAAUUCACAGACACUUCAAACCUCUUUGUGAUGGAAGGCGCAGCCUGAGGGACACUGUGACCUUUGGGGUGCUGAGGGGGACACUGUGACCUUUGGGGUCCUCAGGGGUUCA